AUGAAUCCUAGAUACAAUUAUCCUAAGAGAUCUGUUUCCAGCAUGGAGAGAUAACAAAUCCUUAAGGCUUUGGGAAGUAAUCCUUCUGAUAAACAUAUUGAAUACAUGGCAUAGGAAUACGAUCUCAAAACACGAACAAUAAAGUCUUGGAUAAAACAGCAAUUUUAAAAUUAAAGCAAAGCAUCUGAAUCAGAGGAGGACUAUCAAAGCAAUCGCAAAAAAAAA